GGUAGUCCGCUGAUCGUCUGGAUAUUUACAGAAUGUCUCCGGUAGUAUCGUUACUGUACAAUUGAAGUUUAUUGAUGUAAAAAUAUGGCAUUCUUUAGUGGAUCCGAAAUUAUUCUGGAUUUGUGUGGUUUUGUAAUUCAAGUUUGAAAUGAUGCUAGUUAUCAACAACAUCAAGCACUAUGGAUUCAGAGCUUCGACCCUAAAUCUAACAAUGACAAAUCGCAUAUUCACGCGAAUUCAGUGGCACCGGCAAAUUUUAUCACACGUGAAAAAUAUUUCUGCACAAGCAGGACCUCCGUGGAGCGUGUUGUUCUUUGGAACAGACGAUUUUGCACUGCAGAGUCUUAAACUACUUUACACUGAAUAUGAAACUAGGGAACUGCUGUGUCGUCUUGAGGUGGUAACCUCGUAUCAUGGGAAAGAAAACCAUGUGACAAAAUUCGCCAAGCAACAUCAUAUACAGCUUCAUCACUGGCCUCCAAAAAUCAGUUUAGAUAACUUUCACAUUGGUCUUGUUGUAUCUUUCGGACAUUUAAUACCGUUAGACAUGAUAAGCUCUUUCCCAUUAGGCAUGUUGAAUGUCCAUGGUAGUUUACUACCUAGAUGGCGGGGAGCUGCGCCAAUAAUAUACACACUGAUGAACGGCGAUAGUGAAACAGGUGUCAGUAUCAUGAAAAUAAUGCCGAAAGUAUUUGAUAUCGGCGAGGUAUUAGCUCAAAGCAAAAUAGAAGUUCGCGACGAUGAAACAAUGCCGGAAUUACGAACUAGAAUGUCACAACUUGGCGCAAAUCUCUUAUUGGAUACUGUAAGAAAGUUACCAAAUAUUUUAGAGUCUGCAAAACCUCAAAGUAAUGACGGAAUUACCUAUGCUCCUAGAGUUACAUCAAAGUUGUCAUUAGUAAAAUGGAAUGAGAUGACAGCAAAAAGAGUCUUUGACUUAUACCGUGCUUUGUAUGACUUGUAUCCAUUGACUACAAAGUUUAUGGGAUUGACGAUAAAGCUUCUGGAAAUUGAACUGCUCAAAGAUCCACCACUAGGAAACAAUUCAUCAAAUCACCUCCCAGGCCUUGUGAUGUAUAGCAAAGAUCUUGACAGAUUAGUGGUCCAUUGUCGAGAUAAUAGUUGGAUUACUGUUGGUAAAAUAGGCUACCCCGGUCGACCUCCAAUGUCUGCGCGAGAUUUUCAUAAUGGUUUUCUCUACAAAAACAAACAGAAGAAAUCAUUUUUUGAGGGCUAAAUUGUAAGUAAUGGAUGUAUGAAUUGUAUCAUAGUGAAAUAUAAGUUUGUAAAUACUA